GUUGAAUGUGCAAGGACCGGUAGCUUCCCUCAGUGCCAACAGUGUCUGGGGUGCCUUGCGAGGCUUAGAGACCUUUAGCCAGUUGAUUUAUCAAGAUUCUUAUGGAGCAAUCAGCAUCAAUGAAUCCAGUAUUAUUGAUUCUCCAAGAUUUCCUCAUAGAGGUAUUUUAAUUGAUACAUCCAGACACUACCUGCCAGUGAAGCGUAUUUUAGAGACUCUGGAUGCCAUGGCUUUUAACAAGUUCAAUGUUCUCCACUGGCACAUAGUCGAUGACCAGUCUUUUCCAUACCAGAGCACCACUUUUCCAGAGUUAAGCAAUCAAGGACGCUAUUCUUUAUCUCAUGUGUAUACUCAAAAUGAUGUCCAAAUGGUGAUUGAGUUUGCUCGGUUACAAGGGAUUCGAGUCAUACCAGAAUUUGACACCCCUGGGCACACACUGUCUUGGGGUAAAGGUCAGAAAGACCUCCUGACUCCAUGCUAUAAUAAGGAGGUGCCAUCUGGGACAUUUGGACCUAUAAAUCCUAUCUUGAAUUCAACUUACAGCUUCAUUUCUGAUUUUUUUGCUGAAAUUAGUGAAGUGUUUCCAGAUGAAUUUAUGCAUGUGGGUGGAGAUGAAGUAGAUUUCACUUGUUGGCAGUCCAAUCCUGAAAUUGAAGCUUUUAUGAAAAGCAGUGGCUUUGAGAAAGAUUUCAAAAAAUUAGAAUCGUUCUAUCUUGAAAGGCUUUUGAACAUUGUUUCAAGCAAAAAGAAAAAAUCCAUAGUCUGGCAAGAUGUUUUCGAUAAUAAAGAUAAGCUUCAGCCAGGCACAGUGGUUCAAGUAUGGAGAAUGGAAAAAUAUUCUGAUCAUGAAGCUGAUGUCACAGCAGCUGGCUUCCAAGUGAUUCUUUCUAGCCCCUGGUACUUAGAUUAUAUCAGUUAUGGACAAGAUUGGAGAAAUUAUUACAAAGUGGAUCCUCUUGACUUUAGUGGUUCUCAGGAACAGAAACAGCUUGUCAUUGGUGGAGAAGCCUGUCUGUGGGGAGAAUAUGUGGAUGGAACUAACCUCACUCCAAGAUUAUGGCCUCGGGCAAGUGCGGCUGGUGAGAGACUCUGGAGUAACGAAAAUGUCCGAGAUUUAACUGAUGCCUAUGAUAGACUGACAGCUCACCGCUGCAGGAUGGUCAGGCGUGGAAUUGCCGCACAACCGCUUUAUGUUGGAUAUUGUGAUCAUCAGCUCAACGUGUAAAAAUGAAAGGAAUAAAAGCAUAAUCAUGGGAAAAGUACCCAUUGUACUUUCUACUAUAACAUCAUUUUGAAAUUAUGUAAACUGCUUUUUAAUAAAGCUUAUUGAUUGAAUCUCUAAAAAAAAAAAAAGAA